AUGUCUAUUCGUUUCUAUAUUCUCGUAAUUGUUAUUAUUUUCUCAAUUCGAAUCGAAGGUAAACCUCCAGUAAGUGGAAAAAUUGCAAGUCGUAUAAACUAUUUACUUAAUGUAACCAAAGCUGAAAAAAAAUAUGAACAGGUCUUAGAAGUAAGUAUAUUUAGUAAUCCUUUUCUUUCACCGUAUAAAUCGGAUUUAGUGGCAUUUAUUAAUAAAUACUUCUCAUUUCAAUCAUUACGUCCGGAUAUUAUUGAAAUUUAUCGAGAUCUUUUUACAUUAUCUGAUAUAAAUGGAUUAAUUAAAUUUUAUUCAUCACCAUUAGGAAAAAAAUUACUUGAAAAAGAACCUCAAGCUGAAAUCCGUCUUACAGAAUUAAUUCAAAAACGAAUACAAGAUAAUAUGCCACAAUUAAUUUCAUUGGUUCAACAAAGGGUUAUUCAAAAUAUGCUAAACAAUCAAACCAUGGAAGGAUUUCCUACAAUUCAUUAA